GGCUCGCGGGGAGGUCCCGCUCUGCGCAUGCGCCACUCCAGCCCCGGGAGCAGCGCCGGUUGGGCUGGGCAGAGGGGCGGAGCGGGACAGGGGGUCCACCACUGCGCAGGCGCGGGGGGAGGGGGCGGGCAAUGGUUGCGCGGGCGGCAGGCGGGCGCGUGUCGUCGGGGAGGUGCGGCGCGGCGGGGAUGGCGGAGGUGGGCGCGUGUCGCCGGCUGUUGUCGUGGCCCCGCGUCCUCCUGUUCGGGGACUCCAUCACCGAGAAAAUGUGAUGUUUUAAAUCGUGGACUGUCAGGCUACAAUACCAGAUGGGCUAAACUAGUUCUUCCAAGAUUGAUCAGCAAAAGUUCUAAUGCUGAAAACACAGUUGCAGUUACCAUCUUCUUUGGAGCUAAUGACAGCACUUUAAAAGAUGUGAAUCCCAAGCAACAUGUUCCCCUGGAAGAGUAUGCUGAGAACUUAAAGAGCCUGGUACAAUAUCUGAAGUCUGUAGACAUUACUGAAGACAGAAUUAUUUUGAUAACGCCCCCUCCUCUUUAUGAACCAGCUUGGGAAAAGGAGUGUAUUGCCAAAGGUGACAAAUUAAACCGUCUCAAUUCCACCACUGGGGAAUAUGCCAAGACGUGUGUUCAAGUAGCUAAGGAGUGUGGGACUGAUGUAAUUGAUCUGUGGACACUUAUGCAAAGGAAUAAGGAUUUCUCUUCCUAUUUAUCUGAUGGGCUUCAUUUAUCAGCAGAGGGAAAUAAUUUUUUAGCAACCCAGCUUUGGUCCUGGCUAGAAAAUAAAAUAUCUGCAUUGCCUUUGCUGUUUCCGUACUGGCGUGAUGUAGAUCAUCUGAAUCCUGAAGGUAGCCUUCUAGGAACUCCUGCUCAUUGAAUUACCUAUUUCUUAAACAGAUGGAGUUCUGUCCAUCAGGCUUAUUUUCUGUGGUUUAUAGUCAGACAGGAGAAUAGUUUUAAUAUUUUCUGAUUUCUAGAGAUUGUUUUUGGAAAAAUAAAGUUACUUUUAGAUCUUC